UGUACGUAUCGUCGCAAAAUGUUGAAAAAUUUAUUUUUCUAAACUAAACCAAACUCUAUCUGCUUGCUUAUUAAUUACUCCAAUUAUUUUCUAUUACUAUAAAUUUUAAUUGAUGAAAAAAAAAUUAAUCUAAAAAAUAAAGAUGAAGAUAAUAAUUAAAUUUAAUUGGAUUUUAAUCGGAUUAUUCCUAACAACAAUCGUCAAUGCAAUGAAAAAUACUAAUAAUUAUAAUAAUAAGGAAGAAGAAUCCUUAAACAUGAUUGAUGGUGAUUCUAUAAAAUUACUAGGAUUAAAACGACCAUUUUGCAAUGCUUUUACUGGAUGUGGAAAAAAAAGAAAUUAUAACGAGCCAAAAGAAGUAUAUGGUGGUGAAGAUGACAUUAACAACAACAACGACAACAACGAUAGUAUCAACGAUUCCAUUGUAAAAAUUCCAUUAAAACUUUAUAAGGUUUUAAUUAAUAGUUUCAAUCGCAAAAUUCAUCAAAUUGUACAACAUAAACAAGCUCUAAACAAUAAUUUAAUUACUACCAAACAAAAUAAUAAUGUAAAUGAUGAAGAUUAUUAUUUUUCAUCAUUACAAAAACAGCCGAUUCAAAAACAUUAUAAUCUAUAAUCUUA